CCAUGGCUGCCUCUCUCUUCCGCACCUCUGCCCGCACUGCCCUGCGCGCCGGAGCUUCGGCCACUCCUCAGACUGCCGGUCUCGCCGGCCUGACUUUUGCCCGCGGCAAGGCCACCCUCCCGGAUCUCGCCUACGACUAUGGCGCGCUCGAGCCCGCCGUCUCCGGCAAGAUCAUGGAGCUCCACCACAAGAACCACCACCAGACCUAUGUCAACAGCUACAACGCCGCCAUUGAGCAGCUGCAGGAGGCACAGGCCAAGAGCGACAUCGCGGCCCAGAUUGCCCUGAAGCCCCUGAUCAACUUCCACGGCGGUGGCCACAUCAACCACACCCUCUUCUGGGAGAACCUGGCCCCCAAGAGCGCCGGCGGUGGUGAGCCCCCGGCGGGCGCCCUGUCCACGGCCAUCAACGACAGCUUCGGCAGCCUGGAGGAGUUCCAGAACAAGAUGAACGCUGCUCUUGCUGGAAUCCAGGGUAGCGGCUGGGCCUGGCUCGUCCGGGACAAGCAGACCGGCAGCGUCGGCAUCAAGACCUACGCGAACCAGGACCCUGUUGUCGGCCAGUUCCAGCCCCUGCUGGGCAUUGACGCCUGGGAGCACGCCUACUACCUCCAAUACCAGAACCGCAAGGCCGAGUACUUCAAGGCCAUCUGGGAGGUGAUCAACUGGAAGGCGGUGGAGAAGCGCUUCGCCGCGUAA